CCCCAGCGCGCUUUUGCCAAAUCCUGCGCGGGAAGAAGUGUUUGUGUGUUUGAUGCCCUCUUUCCCUUUCUACGCAUACAACAUAGAAGCUCUACCUUGGGGGAGAUUGAGCCCACCACAAUCUCACAAGCCUUGCAGUUCUCUCAGCUAGCAAGCCCACACCACACAGCUCUGGAGCUGGACCCAAGCUCGACCCACUUCCCAAUCAAUACCCUGACCCCCCGAGUCCCAAAAGUUCCAAGCUUGUCCCCCUUCUUCAGAAAAGGCACGACCUCUUCAAACAUUCUUGCCCUACUGUCGCUCUUUACGCGCGCAGUCUCUCUGGGCCCAUCCGAAUCGCGUCUCGUUCAAGGCUACGCGCCAGUAACCUACCGCGACCAUGAGUUCGAGCGACGAUGACCCUCCAAAGUCGUCCUCCCUGUCGGGACUGGUCUCCACCCUCGCGCCAGUGGCUCUCGUCUCGGCCAUCUACCUGAUCGCCUUCUUGAUCUUGAGAAGAACCCAGAAGCGUUAUUAUGCUCCGCGAACUUACCUUGGGAGUCUCCGCGAAAAUGAACGUUCUCCUGCUUUACCAACCGGCUUCUUCAACUGGAUUGGCGCCUUCUGGAAGAUACCGGAUAUCUACGCUCUCCAGCACCAGUCCCUCGACGCCUAUCUCUACCUGCGCUACCUGCGCAUGACGGUUGUCAUCUGCUUCGUGGGAUGCUGCAUCACCUGGCCUGUCCUGUUCCCCGUCAAUGCGACCGGUGGCGGUGGCCAAGAGCAGCUCGACAUCCUCUCGUACAGCAACAUCAACCGGAGUACCCAGAAAUACCGAUACUUUGCCCAUGCCCUUGUUUGCUGGGUUUACUUCAGUUUCAUCAUGUAUCUGAUCAUGCGGGAGUGCAUCUUCUACAUCAACCUCCGCCAGGCCUUCUUGCUCAGCCCCGCGUACGCUAGCCGUGUCUCUUCGCGGACCGUUCUCUUCACCUCGGUUCCCGCGAAUUUCCUCCACGAGACGACGCUGCGCAAGAUGUUCGGCGACACGGUCAGGAAGAUCUGGAUAUCUGGUGACACCAAAGACCUCGACAAGCUCGUCAAGAAGCGUGACAAGGCUGCCUAUCGCCUGGAGUCAGCCGAGGUAAAGCUGAUCAAGAUUGCGAACAAGACGCGCCAGAAGGCGAUCAAGAAGGGGACCGCAGACCAGGUUGAGCCCCCCGCCGAGGCCGACGGCGCCCCCUACCCCUCCGAGACCGCCGGUGCCGUCGAUUCCGAGUCUGGUAGCGUCGCUGGUCGUUGGGUUCCAGAGAAGAAGCGGCCCACGCAUCGUACAGGGCCACUCGGACUCCUCGGCAAGAAGGUCGACACGAUCGACUGGUGCCGCAACGAACUGCAGACGGUUAUUCCCGCUGUCGAAGCUGCCCAAGCGUCGUAUCGGGCAGGGGAAUACAAGAAGAUUCCUGGAGUCUUCGUCCAGUUUAGGACCCAGGCCGAGGCCGAGUGCGCCGCCCAGGUCGUCUCUCACCAUCAAGGCUUCCAGAUGACGCCGAGAUAUGUCGGGAUCAAGCCUGGUGAGGUUAUCUGGAAGAGCCUCGGAAUCUCAUGGUGGCAGAAGGUCGUCCGCCGCUACGCCGUCCUCGCUUUCAUCACGGCUCUAAUCAUCUUCUGGGCUAUUCCGGUGGCGGUUGUUGGAGUCAUCAGCAACGUCAACUACCUCAAGACCCUUUCUUUCCUCACAUGGCUCGACAAGAUCCCCCAGAUCAUCAUGGGCGUCAUAACGGGCCUGCUACCCGCGGUCGCCCUUUCGAUUUUGAUGUCACUGGUCCCAAUCAUCAUGCGAAUAUGCGCCAGGCUCGCCGGAGAGCCUUCCGAGUCCCGAGUUGAGCUCUUCACUCAGAAUGCUUACUUUGCGUUCCUGGUCAUCCAGGUCUUCCUGAUCACGACCAUGGCCUCGUCUGCUUCGGCUGUUGCCAAGCAGAUUGCUGAUAAGCCCGCCAACGCCCCGUCGAUCCUCGCCAACAACCUCCCCAAGGCGUCGAAUUUCUACAUAUCGUACUUCAUUGUCCAGGGCCUCACCAUCGCAUCCCAGGUCCUUUCACAGGUCGUCGGGUUUGUCGUCUUUUCCCUCAUGUACAAGUACCUCUCGGGGACACCCAGGGCCUACUACACCAAAUGGGCCAACCUCAGCGCCAUCUCGUGGGGAAGCACCAUGCCAGUUUACACCAACAUCACCGUCAUCGCAAUUACCUAUGCCGGCAUUGCCCCUCUGAUGCUCGGCUGGGCUACGGUUGGCAUGUCGCUGUUCUACUUCGCAUGGCGUUACAAUGUCUUGUUCGUCACCGACACUCAGAUCGACACCCGUGGACUGAUCUACCCGCGUGCCAUCAAACAACUCUUCACGGGUAUCUAUCUCGCCGAAGUCUGCAUGAUCGGCCUCUUCGGCGCCUCUGUUGCACCGGGCCCGCUCGUCCUGAUGGUUGCCUUCCUCGUCUUCACCGUCCUCUUCCACAUCAGCCUCAACAGCGCCCUCGAUCCUCUGCUGUACAACCUGCCCCUCUCCCUCCUUGCUGAGGAGGAGGCUCGCCUUCUUGAUACCCCCGUGGCGCAGAGUGCCGUACCUGGCCAGACCGCCGCCGCCGCCGAUGGGCUGCAUCGUAAUGAAGCCCAACAUAACGGGACGCAGCCUGUGGACAAUUCGGAGAAGGCCAUGCCCGAGGCUCAAUCCCUGCACAGCGCGAAAACGAAGAAGCCGAAUCCCCUCACCAAGUUCCUCAAGCCGUGGCUAUUCUCCGACUAUGAGACGCUCCGUGCGCUGGCCCCCACCGGACCUCUUGACCUCACAAACAUUUACUCCGAGGAGGUCGAGAACAAUGCAUACUACCCCCCAUCGGUGACCUCCACGACGCCGCUGCUCUGGAUCCCCAAGGACCCUGCGGGCGUCUCGAGACAGGAGAUCGCACACACCAGCAAGAUCAUCCCCAUCACCGACGAAGCCUGCGAUCUGGACGAGCAGGGCAAGAUCAACUGGGAUCGCGAAACGACAAGGCCGCCGGUGUGGGAGGAGAAGGUCAUCUACUGAUGGGAGAAGAUUCUUAACUGAUUUUCAUGGAAGAUACCCGGAGUUGAGUCACAUGGUGCGAGUCGUUCCUUACUCGGUGGGAUUUCAAGAGGGUAGUGGUUUUGAGAUUUGAUAAUGUUAAUAUGGCUGUCUUACCACUUGGCUUGCUUCUCGUGCACGAAAGGGGGUCGUCUAGAUGCCCCGUCGCUCCUUAACUCGACAGGAUUAGGAUCAAUAUUAAGAUCGUAAUACUACACGAAUACCCUCACUCUCUCUCCACGUUAGCUACCUACUUAUUCCACUCUCACUUCCACACUCACUGCCAACACGGCAUUGUACGCUAAUAAUCUGCGGAGACGAACAAAAAGUACAGCUUCUAUUAUUAUAUUUUUAAAAAAUGGCGUCAAUUGUUUUAUUCCAC